AUGACCGCACGAGGCCAAAACGUGCCGCUAUGUGGCCCCAUGAACAACUCCCUCGCGCGUCCCUGCUAUCUCAGACAACACCCACCUUACGCCGCCGACUCCAGCUCUUUACCUCUCCGAGAACGACAAAGACAACCCAAACCAACUAUCCUACCUCUUGCCCUGUCCCUCCAGACCACCAAGGGUUCCACAUUCUCCACUGCCAGGCCAACUACUCCUACCUCCUCCAAGAUCACCCGAAGUUCCUCCACGCAGAGCUCGCCCCCCGCGACAUGGAGCCGAACGCAGACCACCGACAACACAACAAACAGGAACCACAGACCAGGCGCGCCAACCCAUCCCCCUUCUACCACCGAAUACACCCAUUACUACCACACCCCCACCCAAAAGGGCAUCCACAUCAACUCCAACCUGGAACACCCUCUGGAACACGACCUUCAGGUCCCAUCGAUCAUCCCAUUGCCUCAUUUUGGCUACAUGUCAUCCCGUGGCACCCAUCGACACAGAUGUACCACUCCCAUCCGACCCAUCAUCGCACCCAUCACCGGUACCACAAGAUACUGUUCAGCCGGAAGUUCUGCAAACCCAGUCCACGAGCCCUGCCCACCACCAAGUGCUCACAGCACACCCUGGUACAUCUACUAUGCACCAAACACUCUCCGACCCUCCCCCCCUGGCCAACCUCCAUCCAUAGGCACCCAGCCACUGCCAUACUACCAACCCGCCGAACAAAGGGCACAAAUGGGACAUGCCACGGACCAGCAAACUGCACAAACGGGACAGGCCCCGGUCCAGCCAAUGACCCCAUUGGGACUGGACGCGGUCCAGGCCACCCCUCCACCAGCUCUAUUACCCAUCCACCCCCUGGGUACCAUCUGCCAAACGCCCACACUCCGAAGUGGAACCAGACCUGAACCUUGCCCAUCCCUAUUUCCAACUACCACCGGCCAAACGACACCACGCUAUGCUAUACCCGCCAACCCCUUCCUACCAGCCGGGCCCAUACGACCCAGCAUAGCCCACACAGGGCGGUGCUGA